AUGACUGCACCCAUCAAAUUCUAUUAUUCCCCGGGUUCCUGCUCCUUCGCAGUACAUAUUCUCUUGUUCGAAGCCAAUGUCCCCUUUGAACCUGCUAGAAUCGAAAUGGGCAACUUUCCCCAGGAAUUCUUAGCUCUAAAUCCCAAAGGUCGCGUGCCAGUGAUAAUCCUGAAAGACGAAUAUAACAACGACCAAGUUAUCACCGAGGCACCUGCGAUCUUAACUGCAGUAUCUCUGCAAGUUCCCGAGAGGAAAUUCUUGGGAAGCAACAACCUCGAAACUGUCCGAGUAUAUGAGUGGAUGUGUUGGAUAGCCGGGGUGUUGCAUGGACAGGGGUUCGGAGGUUUCUGGAGACCGGAAAGAUACAUCAAUGAUCCUACAGACGAGGAUGCACUGCGGUUACGGAAAAAAGGACUUGAGACUGUGCUCUCCUCUUACGACACGAUUGAGAGCAAGUUGAAUGCCUCUUCUGCGAUAUCCCAUUCACCAUUUGCAGUAGGAAGCGCUAUGACUGUGGUGGAUCCGUAUUUGGCUGUUUUCUAUCGUUGGGGGUUCCGGAACUUGGAGUUGGACAUGACUCAGUAUCCAAAAUAUACCGCAUUGUGGAAAGAGUUGGAAAAGCUUGAUAGUUUUCAGCAGGCUUUGGAACGGCAGACUGGGAGUUGGUAG